AUGAAAGUUCUACUAUUCUCCCUGUUUUUUGUUGUACUUGUGAACGGUAUUAUAUUUGAUAACGGUGGCGAUUCGUGUGACGACGAUGAUGAUGGUCCCGGUGGAAUUAUGUUGGGAGGAGGCGACUCCGGCUCCUGCGAGGAUGACCAACCACAAUUUGUUCUAAUCGGACAGGCUAUGAGAGGAGGUGGCGGCGGUGGAGGUCACCGUCAUCACAGAGGACACCGACACCGGGGACAUGGAGGUGGAGGUGGCAGAGGUGGAUUUAUGAUUGGAGCGGAGAGGGGAUGA